AUGGCCACGCCCUUUUCCGCGCCCGCAGCGGCUGCCGCAGGGGCGGGGCCACGCCCACAGCUGACAGACCACGCCCACAACGCGAUUGCGCACGCGCACAGCCACGCCCACGUCCCGCCUUCCUCUCAGGCCCCGCGCCUCCGCAGCCUUGGCCGGCACCCUGACCCCGCCCCACGCUCCCAUUGGCUCUCCCUGCGCCCGUACCGCGCUCCCAUUGGCCGAGCCUCGCGGGGGCGGGACCACCCCUCCCAACUCGCUCCGCCAUUGGCCGCGGCGCGGGGCCAAGUGGGCGCGCGGCGGUUUCAAGAAAGCGGGCCCUGUCCGCGGGCCCGCCCGCGGGGCCGCCCCAGCAGAUGGCCCCCGGAAGGCAGCAUCAGUGCCAGCUGCUCAAGUCGCUCCCUGGAGGUGGAGGUGGCGCAGGUCCGGGAGAAGCUGGAGCAGAGCCAGAACAAGGUGAAGGCUCUGGAGGCGGAGGAGCAGCGGCUGAAGGCGGAGGAGCAGCGGCUGAAGGCGGAGGAGGAGCAGCGGCGGCAGGAGCGCGAUGAGGCCUGGGGCAGGGCACAGGCUCUGCUGCAGCAGCUGGAGAAUGCUGAGGAGCAGUUGCAGGAGCUGCAGGCGCUGCGGGAGCUGGAGGCAUCGCAGCGGAGCCUGCUGGCCCAGCGCGAGGAGCACAUCCACCUGCUGGAGAUGGAGCGGCGCCGCCUGCACAACGACAUCCAGGAGCUCAGGGGGAACAUCCGUGUGUUCUGCCGUGUGCGGCCGCUGCUGCCCGAGGAGCGGGAGCGCCAGCGGGGCAUGCCCCACCUGCACUUCCCCUCUCAGGACACCCGCAGCCUCGUGCUCACCCGGCCCGACGAUUCGCAGCUGGGCCGGGAGCGGCGCGCAGAGCUGCGCUACGACUUCAGCUUCGACCGCGUCUUCCCGCCUGCGGCUUCUCAGGAGGAGAUCUUCCAGGAGAUCCAGCUCCUGGUCCAGUUGGCCCUGGACGGGUACCCGGUGUGCAUCUUCGCCUACGGGCAGACGGGCAGCGGCUCCGAGCGCGGCUCCGAGCUGGAAUCCGGCGCCUGGCACCCAACCACAACGAGCUGCACAUCCCCAACCCCACCUGGGUGCCCGUGGAGAGCGAGGAGCAGCCUCUCUGACCCUGGUGGACCUGGCGGGCUCAGAGCGCCUGGAGAAGUCGGGAUCCGUGGGGAGCCGGCUUCGGGAGACACAAAGCAUUAACUCCAGCCUGAGCGCCCUGGGGCUGGUCAUCAGCGCCCUCUGCAACAAGGAGCUGCACAUUCCAUACAGAAACAGCAAGCUGACCUUCUUGCUGCAGAACUGCCUGGG